CGCAGUACAAUCGAUUCACUUUUAUUUCUAGAAAUGGCAGAAAGCAACCUCCAAACAACGGGAGAAGAACUGGAGGUGAAAAAUGAGUUUCCAGCCACAGGUAAGAAAAAGCAACAGGGAAAGACUUCGUUGUGGUGAUUUUGCACAGUUUGUUAAUUAAGUAUAUCUUAAUUCCGGUGCACAAUUUUUUAAAUUACUUCGACUUGUAGGUUUUUAAGGAAUCCACUAAACACGCUUGUAUUAGAACGCUAGUUGUAAUUACACAUAGUUGUGAUCACUAACAAAGUUGAAAUAUCUUCUCGGUAAUUUCAGCGACAGAGGAAAGUCAAGUUACGUCAAGUGACGCUGAACUGGAUGUAUACAAUGACCCUUUAAGAGGUAAGAAAACCAGGUGAAGUAAGAUUGUUUGAAAGACGUCCCAGUGAAGUUUUUUUGUCCUAUUUACAUCAAAAUUUGCGUAUGUUUUGUGAAUGAGUUUUUGAAGCAGCAAAAUAUCUUCAAAUUUCAAACUUUGUUACCAGUAAAAGAAACACGAAACAAAAAAAUAAUUUAUUGCUCGAUCCAAUGGAGCAGAAUACGAUGAGAUCAUUAAUUAUUUACAAGCCACAAAGCGGCAAAUUUGAACGCGACUUCGCUUUGAAGAGCCCUAAAUUAGAGAAGAAUGGGUCAAACUUGGCCCACUAGGCUUUGUAUAACUCAGUUUUCUGAGUUUUAGAAGUGCUUCCUUCCAAAUCAACGCACGGCGUUUUAAAGAUUAAAGAUGUAGCUACAAUUUUCACCUAAAAUGAAUAAUAUUUGCUGAGUAGAAGUAUUUUCCUUUUGAAUUUGAAGAUACUCAAAAUUUGGUCAUUUUUAAUGUGAAAGUCGUUUUCGGCGAGAGAGAGCUGUUGGCUGAAAAAAAUGGCAAACGGAUAACUUUUUGAGGCCGCCACGAAGAAAGUAUUUGACUAAAAGUUAUGCUAACACCUGUUUGUCCGUUAUUGUUCAAUGCAUGUUUGGCAGAAAUUUUACUCAAUUUGAGAAUUCUACAGCGAAAAGGAGGCAUUUUGUCUCGGCCGUAUCGCCUGUUUUGGUCUUCUAAAUAUUUCACGCCUCGUUAGACAGUUAUGUCAACACCAGGCCCACGCUAUAAACCACCAGUCAACAAAAUAUAGAACCCCUGACUUUCACAUCAGGCAAAAUGGCACUUCGCGGGAAAGCAGUACUUUCCCAAUCAGAUUUCUCCAGUUGGCCUCUAAGAGUAUGUUCUCAAUAGACAGUUACAUGUAUGAGAAAAACCAAGUGAUCAAAAAACAACAGCAACAAAAAAACAUUUUUUUUUUUAGCACACUUUUCUGAACGAUGGGAAAACCACGAACCCUGGUCACUCUCAGCGCGAUGUUUUUUUUUUUUUUUUAACAGAACAUUCACAAGUUUUAACUUUUUCGUUCCUGGCUUUGCUCUGCUUUAUGCACUAACUAUGGGGUUUUAUAUUCUAACUUGAUAUUUGGGAAAACGUAACUCAGGUGUAAAAGGGUUUUUGGAAAAUCUCUCUAUCUAAAUGUAAACCGAACAGACUUGAUUUGCUUACAGCCAAGCUACAGCUAAAACCUCUAAUAGAGCAUGUGUAUAUUUUUAAACAAACAAAGAACAAAGAUAAACUCUUCUGAAGUGCGAUUGUAAACAAAGUUGAGUUGAAAUAGGAGCUCCCGGUAAAAUUUUUGUUAUUUUGGAAAACGUAAGCCAGUUGUAAAAGGAGUUUGUGAAAGCCUCUCGACCUAAAUGUAAACCGAGAAACUUGAACUGGUAAUAACCAAGCUGCAGCCCAGACUCUUAACAGCUUGCACACAAACAAAGUGUACAGAUGAAGAUUUAGAUAUGUGAAAAUUCACAUAUUUGCACUGCGGUGGAAAGAUGAAAUUAGAAGAUCCACGCAGCUAAGAACACUACUGAAACUAGUAGUUGUAAGUGGGACCUGAAAAAAAUUUCAGGCCCGUACGGGAUUUGAACCCAUGACCUCUGCGAUACCGGUGCAGCGCUCUACCAAUUGAGCUAACAAGCCAACUGGGAGCUGGUCAAUGAAUUGGGUACAAAUAAACAUCCGAGUGAAUGAAGAUUUAGAUCUAUGAAAGUUCACAUAUUUGCACUGCGGUGGAAAGAUGAAAUUAGAAGAUCCUCGCAGCUAAGAACACUACUGAAACUAGUAGUUGUAAGUAGGACCUGAAAAAAAUUUCAGGCCCGUACGGGAUUUGAACCCAUGACCUCUGCGAUACCGGUGCAGCGCUCUACCAAUUGACUUGUACCCAAUUCAUUGACCAGCUCCCAGUUGGCUUGUUAGCUCAAUUGGUAGAGCGCUGCACCGGUAUCGCAGAGGUCAUGGGUUCAAAUCCCGUACGGGCCUGAAAUUUUUUUCAGGUCCUACUUACAACUACUAGUCUCAGUAGUGUUCUUAGCUGCGAGGAUCUUCUAAUUUCAAAGUGUACAGAUAUUAAACUUUUCUAAUUUUUCGUUUUUCAUAGCUCUAAGUUCCUUUAACCUAAAAGUUUGUUUGGAGGUAUAAAGUUUGCAUCGUCGGUCAAGGGUCGUAUUACUCAUUACUAAAUCAUUAAAACGGUAUGUUUUCAGGGAUAGCGAAAGUAUGUCUCGAGGAAGGUAACAAAGAAUACAGACAAGGAGAAGCUAAUAAAGCGAUAAACUCUUACACGGAAGGACUUCAUGUGAACUGCAAAGAUAAACGACUCAACGCCAAGCUUUACAGUAACAGGGCAACAGCUCAUUUCCGUUUGGGUAACAAUUUCAUUUCUAAAUAUAUAAAUCUCUCAUGCAGCGUUACAAGAUAACGGAAUACACAAUCUGCAUCAAGAAAAGAAAGAAGUUGAGCAACAGCAGAGGAAAAGCACAAAUACAUGAAUCCCCCUUUAGUGGAUGAAAAUUAAGAAAAGAAAUGAUUCUCGUUAUUAGACUGCAAUUUAAGCAAUUGUAAUUUUUCAGGCUUCUUUGCUGCAAUUUCAUUGGAUGAAAACUUUUUUAAACCUCAUUUCCUGAAUCUCAUAGCAAACUACAUGGAAUGUCUGGAUGAUGCAACAGUUGCUGUUCAAUUGGAACCCACUUUCAUCAAAGCUAUUAAGAAAGGUGGGUUUUUCAGACAUAAGCCAUCAACAUUUUAUUCUCUGAUUUCGUCAAAAGAGGAUUGUGUGGUUUGUGGCAGGUAACUGCACUCCAAGUGUCAAUUGUAUCUGGUGUGUCAAUGUCUGUUAUGUGGAUAUAAAGCAUAAGGAAAUGUCAAUAAGCUCUCAAAUACCGCUGCCUGGUUAGUUCACGUUGUAGAGCGCCGGAGGUCGAGGGUUCAAGCCUUGGACCGGACCAUCACCUUGAGUCUUAAAAUAUCUGAGGGCAAUGUGCUGCCGCCUAAGCUGUGACAUCUGCAAAUGGUUUGAUAUUCUUGUCACGGAUAUGGACGGAAAACUGUGAGCCCCGUUUCCUAAAUCUUCUCUGUAACUAUUAGCAGGGGACGUUACAAAACCCGAAAAAGAAGCACCUGAAAGAUUCCCAAUCAAGAGUUAAACUGCUCAAUGCAGUCUUCCCGAAAACUUCCCCGAAAAAUGCUGAAAAGUGCAUAACAGCACAUUAAAAGAAAGAAUGCGCGAGAUAAAUUCGUCGUUAUCAUCAUAAAUUGAAGCUUAAUUGGUAGCCGCUUUGCAUUAGCUCCUUAUUGUUCAUUUUGAGUUCUUCCACAAGUUCAAAUUUCCUUCAUUAUCACAAUUUUUGUUCCCAGCUAAAUGAAAAAUUAAGUCCAUUUUAUCAAUACGUUUAUACCUUAACAGUGAUAAAUUACCUCGCACCACCAGUUAUUCUCUCCUUUUCAGGAGCCAGAGCUUGUGUUGAACUUUGCUGGUAUAAAGAAGCAAGGAGCUGGUUGCAUAUGGGAUUGACCGUAUCCUUUAACGAAUGUUUCCAGCGUGAUACGAGAUGCAAUGCGAAUAAUAUUUCAAGAAUAAAAAAAUACGUUCCAGGCAGAUUCUUCUACACAUAAUGCAAGCCAUGUUCUCUUAUACUGCACUGAGCAGUUUAAAGAAGCUAAAAUAUUAUUAAGGAGUUCUUUCGAUUGUUCGACGAAACUUUACUUAAAAGAAGAGGCCAUAUUAACUAAUUCCCAGAGUUUCUGCUAAAUGCCCCUCAUUUUUGUCUUGAGACGAGCAUCACCAUGACGACCGAAUCUAAACUAAUAAAUGCGCUUCAGAACUAGCUAACACUCUCGAAUAACUUGAAAUCAAAUCUCUUCAAGAAAACCACACUCGAAUUAUCAUUCCAAUUUUAAGGUUUUAUCCAACACUCUCAUUAUUUUAAAAACAUAUUUCCAUUGUAUGUUCGCAAAUCCGCUCAUGAUAUAGUUACCCUUGACACGUUUUAAGAUUGACAACAAUAACGAACGUCUGCUUCAAUUAAAAAGGAAAUCGAAUACUGAACUAAAGGUCAAAGCAAACACUUAUGCUAGUCUCGGAUGUACUUACCAUAAUGCUGCACAGUUCGAUACAGCAAUCGAGUACCAUCAACUUCAUCUAGAAAUUGCUAAAGAAGUGGAAGACAAGGCCAGAGAGGGAGCAAGUUAUGGCAAUCUCGGCAACGCUUAUCAAGGUCUAGGAGAGUUCAAAACAGCCAUCAAGUACCAUCAACGUCAUCUAGAAAUUGCUAAAGACGUGGGAGACAAGGCCGGAGAGGGUAGAAGUUAUGGCAAUCUCGGCAACGCUUAUCGCAGUCUAGGAGAGUUCAAAACAGCCAUCAAGUACCAUCAACGUCAUCUAGAAAUUGCUAAAGAAGUGGGAGACAAGGCCGGAGAGGGAGCAAGUUAUGGCAAUCUCGGCAACGCUUAUCAAGGUCUAGGAGAGUUCAAAACAGCCAUCAAGUACCAUCAACGUCAUCUAGAAAUUGCUAAAGAAGUGGGAGACAAGGCCGGAGAGGGAAGAAGUUAUUGCAAUCUCGGCAACGCUUAUCGCAGUCUAGGAGAGUUCAAAACAGCCAUCAAGUACCAUCAACGUCAUCUAGAAAUUGCUAAAGAAGUGGGAGACAAGGCCGGAGAGGGAGCAAGUUAUGGCAAUCUCGGCAACGCUUAUCAAGGUCUAGGAGAGUUCAAAACAGCCAUCAAGUACCAUCAACGUCAUCUAGAAAUUGCUAAAGACGUGGGAGACAAGGCCGGAGAGGGAAAAAGUUAUUGCAAUCUCGGCAACGCUUAUCAAGGUCUAGGAGAGUUCAAAACAGCCAUCAAGUACCAUCAACGUCAUCUAGAAAUUGCUAAAGAAGUGGGAGACAAGGCCGGAGAGGGAACAAGUUAUGGCAGUCUCGGCAACGCUUAUCAAGUUCUACGACAGUUCAAAACAGCAAUGGAUUACUAUCAACGCACUCUAGAAAUCGCUCAAGAAGUGGGAGACAAGGCCGUAGAGGGAAAAAGUUAUGGCAAUCUCGGCAACGCUUAUGGCAGUCUAGGAGAGUUCAAAACAGCCAUCAAGUACCAUCAACGUCAUCUAGAAAUUGCUAAAGAAGUGGGAGACAAGCCUGGAGUGGCGUGCUCACUCUUUUCCCUUGGAAACAUUUUUGAGUGCCAAGGAAAUCUCAUGAUGGCCUUUGACUAUUAUUACUCAAGUGUAGAAUUGUAUGAUGAUAUCAGGGCCAGUCUUCAACUCAACGAUCGGUGGAAGAUUACUUAUCGUAAUCUUUACCAAAUAGCAUACAAAGGUUUGUGGCGUAUAAAUCUCAAACGAGGUCAAGCUCUAAAGGCUCUUCUUGCCACAGAGAAAGGACGUGCUCAAGCUCUGAGAGAUCUCAUGACCACAAAAUAUCAGCCUGGAGAUUCUUUAACGGAAGGCGCAUCCCACAUUUCUCUGAGGUGCGUUACAUUGAGCACAGUUUUCAUAGCUAUUAAUGGACCAUGCGUUUACUUCUGGGUUUGCCUCAGUGAAGAUAACAUCCAGAUGAAAAAGGUACACGUCAACGAUUAUAAGUUUGAGGAUGAAUUGGAACGUUUCAUCCAGCUGCUGAACGAAACUACUCUGAAGGAGAUCCGUGAAAGAGAUACUGUUAAAAUCGAAAAUCUUCCUCCUCAUUCGCCGACAGAAGAGGAAAAGGCCAAUGAUGUGAUCCGAGUUGAUGUGAGGUACUCCCAAUCAAGUGCUUUAAAGAAGCUGCAUGACAUUAUCGUUGCUCCUAUUGCUGACCUGAUCGAAGGCAACGAGAUAACAUUCGUUCCUGAGGGGCCAUUUUGCCUUGUACCUUAUGCAGCGUUGCUGGACUCCAAGUCAUCAUAUCUGAGUGAUUCUUGCACAAUUCGUGUGCUUCCCUCUCUGACGACGUUGCAACUAAUUCAUGAUUGUCCAGCUGACUUUCACAUCAAGACUGGUGCAUUGCUUGUCGGCGACCCAUGUUUCAAAGAUAUCAUCUAUCAGGGAAGACGUUUGGAACAACUUCCAGGAGCAAGGGAAGAAGUGGAAAUGAUCGGACGUAUCCUCAAUGUUCCCCCCCUCACUGGAGAAAUGGCAACAAAACAUGAAGUUUUAAAACGAAUAUCAUCAGUGGCCUUAGUUCACAUAGCAGCACACGGUAAACUGGAAACUGGAGAAGUUAUCCUAGCGCCAAACACCACAAGAGAAAACCCUCAGCCGCAUGAGGAAGACUAUCUACUGACGAUGAAAGAUGUCAUAGAAGCUGGGUUGCGAGCUCGUCUGGUUGUACUUAGCUGCUGUCACACUGCUCGUGGGGAAGUCAUGGCAGAGGGUGUGGUGGGCAUGGCGCGUGCACUUUUGGGUGCCGGUGCUAGAUCUGUUGUGGUAACCUUGUGGGCGAUUGGCGACGAGGGAACCCUGGAGUUCAUGAGUUUCUUCUACGAUGCACUUGCCAAAGGCAAGAAAGCAAGUGAAGCUCUCAAUCAGGCCAUGAAGUGUAUGAGAGAAAUUGAAGAGUUCAAGGAGGUGAUUUACUGGGCACCAUUUGUACUCAUUGGUGAUGAUGUCAACCUGGAUGUCAAGGAUAUUAGAAGCCGAAACAAGUAA